AUGCUCCUCACCGUCUGUUCUGAGAGACAGCUCAUCCUUUCGUCCAUCGCAAAAGCACUGGGCCUUCCCGUGGAUGGCAUCGACACUUCCAAGAGCUUUACGGAACUGGGCGGGCACUCGUUAUCGGCGGUGGAAGUCCAACAUGAGUGUAAGAAAAUUGUUGAAAAGCCACCCACCGUUCUCUCAUUACUCGUUUCUCCUUCGAUAGAAGAGCUCCUUCCCGCUCGAAAAAGGUUCAGCUCGUAUCAAGAGGCUGGGCCUUCGAGAGCCAACACGCCUGCCACGACUGAUUCGGGAUUCGUCGAACCGGCAUCGUUUGAUGGAGACAUGGAACCGGCGGACACGUUCUCAACAUACACAAGCCCGGAGGAUGACGGAUUCGGACAACAGACGGACACGGCGGAAGCAACGGUUCCAUCCUCGCUGGACCGACGCGCUUCCCAGCACCAAACACAAGCGGACACGAACACGACAGAGGCACCAGCAACGGACAUGCAGGUGGUCUUCAUCCGAGGCGGGCAGAGCACAAUACGGUAUUUCGAGACAUGGCGGUUGGAAGACGUUGUCGUGAUGAAGCAUGCGUGGAAGAGGGUGGUCAGCAUGGAGCCGAUUUUCCGAAGUGUGUUUGAGGAAGACACGCCAAACUCGUACACGAUGCGGCUACGGGAGGUUUCGAUUCCUUGGGAAGAAGUCGUCACCUUCGACCGGCAGUCAUACCAGGCGGAGAUGGCAAAGCAAGAGUCUCACCUGGUGCCGGGGUUCCGGUUCAGAAGCGUCAUAUUCCGAUCUCCGGACUGCAGCCGCAGCGAGGCGACCAUCGUCCUCUCGGUGCAUCAUGCGCUGCUCGACGGGUUCUCCAUGGAGCAGCUGGCGGAGAAGGUCCGGCGGGUGGCGCUCGGAGAGAAGGACGUGGCACCGGGCAAGUCCUUUCUGGCUGCCGCCCAGGAGCUCGACGCGAUCAAGAAGGAAUCCUCUGCGGAAGCGAUUGAGUUUUGGGCGAGGAAGUCGGCCGAGUACGUGGGUGCGGCAGCCAGCCUGGGUCUGCCCAGGCCCGAGGGACGCAGAGAGGACCGAGACCGAGACCGAGACAACGAGGUGUACAUCGACUUCGACCAUCUCACCGACCGGCUCCACGAGACUUGCAGGGCGCUCGGCAUCACGGUGGCGUCGUUCUUCCACGCAGCGUGGGCGCUGGUGCAGGCGCUCUACACGGAUUCGGACAAGGUGGUGUUUGGUGCAAUACUCAGCGGAAGGAACCUCCCAAUCGACGGCAUCAGCAGCGUCAUCGGCCCGCUGCUGAACACGCUCCCGCUGCACGUCUCGAUCGACUCGGGCAGCUCGACGGGCGACUUUGUGCGACGCAUCCUGCGGGACCUGGCCGAACUCUCGUGCUUCCAGUGGAGCACGCCGGCGCACGGGUUUGCGCGCAACUUCGAGGCGGCGCUGUCUGUGACGCGCGGGCUCCAGGCAGCUUCGCACGGCCACGGCGCGGUGCAGCCCAUGCGCGCGCCUUGCUACGACUUCGAGAGCAACAUCCCACUGAGCAUGGCGCUGGACGAGGCGGCCAUGAACCUGCGGCUGGUCUACCACCCGGACUGCUACAGCCGCGAGACGGCCGAAGGGCUGGCAUCCUGCUUCGUCAACGCGCUCGAGAGACUGACGUAUCCCACGAGCGUCGGGCAGUGCCUCGAUUCGCUGAUCACGGUGCCGAUGCAGAGGCGGCUGCGGGUGCUGGGCAACUGCAUCUCGGGCCUGACAACGCGUGUUGCCCAUCCCGAGGACCUCGUCUCGCUGUUCGAAGCGGCAGUGGAGGCACACCCCGACGCCGCUGCCGUGGAAAUGGGCGAGCGCAGCCUCAGCUACCGGGAGCUCGACCAGCGCGCGUCGCAGGUUGCCGCCGCACUGGCCGAGCUGCACGUCGCCGAAGACGAAGCCGUCUGCGUGCACGCCGACGGCAGCGUCGACUGGGUGGUCGGGCUGAUGGGAGUGCUGAAGGCCGGGGCCACCAUGUGCAGCCUCGACGCCACGCUGCCCCACGACCUGCGCACCACCAUGUUUGCCGCCGCCCACAGCAGAGUCUUCGUGGUCGGCAACGAGUCGCAGCUGAGCUUCCAGCCCGACGACUGCACCCACUGCCUCGUAUUGGACACGCUCACCGCCAGCGCUCCCCCGGCGCGGACGGAGCCGUGCACGCCGCGACGUCUGCGGCCGUCGGCGGCGGCAUACCUGUGCUUCACGUCCGGGUCGACAGGCACGCCCAAGGGCGUCGUGUGCACGCACCAGGGGCUCGUGGCAUUCCAGAAGGACGUCGAGGUGCGGCUGCACGCAGGGCCGGGCGUGCGGGUGGCUCAGUUCAUGUCGCCAGCGUUUGACGGCAGCAUCCACGAGAUCUUCUCUGCCCUGAGCUACGCCGCCACCCUCGUGCUGCGCAGCACCGCCGACCCGUUCGCCGUGCUGCGCCGGGCCGACAGCGCCAUCAUGACGCCCUCGGUCGCGCGCACCCUCCCCGCCGCCGACUUUUCCAACCUCAAGACGGUCUACCUCGUUGGCGAGCAAGUGCCGCCGUCGGUGGUCGAGCAGUGGGCGCCUGGCCGCAAGCUCUACAACAUGUACGGCCCAACCGAGGGCACCUGUGGCGCCACCAUCGCGCGGCUGACCCCCGGCCGCGCCGUCACCAUCGGCCGCCCGAACCCGACGUCGCGCGUCUACCUGCUGGGCCCGGCCGGCCGCCGCCUGGUGCCGCCCGGCGCCGUGGGCGAGAUCUGCAUCGCCGGCGUGCAGGUCGCGCGCGGCUACGUGGGCCUGCCCGCCGAGACGGCCGCGCGCUUCGUUGCCGACCCCGUGUGCCCCGGCCUGGACGAGAUGAUGUACCGCACCGGCGACCGCGGCUUCUGGAACCAGCGCGGCGAGCUGGUGUGCCUGGGCCGCACCGACCGCCAGCUCAAGCUGCGCGGCUUCCGCCUCGACCUCGACGACCUCGAGCUGCGCAUCGCGCGCGCCCUGCCCGCCGGCGCCAUCACCGCCGUCGCCCUCACCCGCGCCUGCCGCGGCGACACGCUGGUCGCCAUGGUGCAGCCCGCCGCCCUGGACCCCGCCGCCGUGAGGGCCGCCGUCGCCCGCCAGCUGCCCAGGCAGGCCGUGCCCUCGGCCAUUGCCUGCGUCGACGAGUUUCCCAUGACGCGCGCGGGCAAGGUCGAUCUGAAGGCCAUCGCUGCGCGGCUCGCCAAUUUUGCUGCAUAG